AUGGAAAGCGCCAGCCCUGCUUGCUGGAGCCAGCCCGGUGGGACAGCAUAUAACAGGAGUUGGCACCACAGGCUGCUGAGGCAUGAGGACAAUCACUACAACUGGACCGACUGUGAAGCCGGUCACUUGAGCAAAGUCCCUGUCACACUGCUCAUCUGCCUCUGCGGGCUGGUGGGGAAUGGGGCCAUCCUCCAGUUCCUCGGCUCCCACGUCCGCAGGAAUCCCAUCACCGUCUAUGUCCUCAACUUGGCCGUCGCCGACUUCACCUUCCUCCUCUCCAUCGCCAUUGCCCUUGUGAUAUUUUACGGCCCAGAGAGCCUUUGUCACAGGCUGAGCUCACGGGACAUGACAACCGUGUUGAACAUCACCAUCCUCUUCGCUUUCACCACCAGCACCUACCUCCUGACAGCCUUCAGUGCCAUGACGUCUCUGUCUGUCCUCCCCCUGGCCCGCUGCCCCUGCCACCGCUCCUGGCACUUGCCAGUGCUCGUGUGUGCCCUGCUCUGGGCCCUCUCCUUCCUGCUCACCGUGAUCCUCUACUUCUGCCCUGCGGCGCUCAUUGUCUUCAUCUUGAGCUACCUCUUAUCGGUGCUUAUCCUGAUUUUUUCUGGUCUAACCCUGCUUGCCAGGGUCUUGUGCUGUUCAUGGCAAUAUCCCCCAAGGAAGCUCUGUGUUGUGGUCCUGCUAGCUGCCUUCUUCUUCCCCUUCUUCACUGCUGACUUUGGUUACUGGCUCUUGCUAAGACUGUUUGAUUUUUCCGUUUUUGUCUUUGACGCCUCUCUCCCCUUCGCCUGUGUGAACAGCAGUAUCAACCCUGUUAUUUACUUCUUGGCUGGGAGCUGUGCAAAGAAGUUCACGCUCUCUGUUAGGGUUGCUUUCCAGAGGGCUUUUGAAGACGUAACAGAGCCCCAAAAUAGAGGCGAAACUCCCAGAGAAAACACAGUGGAAACAGCUGUUUAA